AUGUCGACCAAUCCCGAAGGCGCCGGCGCCGGCGCCGGCGAGAAGAAGUUCGACAUCCCCAAGACGUGCAAAGCCGGCGUCGUCGUCAACGAAGGGCCCGACUUCCGCGUCGAGAUCCAAGACGUGCCCGUCCCCGAGCCAGGCCCCAGCGAGAUCCUCAUCCGCCUCAACAUGACCGGCCUCUGCAUGUCCGACAUCCACUUCAUGGCGCACGACUGGGCCGUGCCGCCCAUGUCGCAAUUCGGGACGCGGUGCGCGGGGCACGAAGGCGCGGGCGUCGUCGUCGCGCUCGGGCGGGACGUCACCACGUGGGCGCUCGGCGACCGCGCCGGGAUCAAACCUCUGUGGGACGUGUGCAUGGCGUGCGAGCAGUGCUGGAAUGGGAAAGAAAACUACUGCCAGCGCGGCGUGUACACGGGGUUGGUGGCGACGGGGACGUAUCAGCAGUACGUGGUGAGUCCGGCGCGGUAUGCGAGCAGGAUCCCGGACGGGGUGGGGGACGAGGUGGCGGCGCCGGUGAUGUGCUCGGCGAGCACGAUGCAUCGGGCGUUGGUGGACAGCGGGUUGAAGGCCGGGGAGUGGGUGGUGUUUCCGGGGGGAGGGGGCGGGGUGGGGAUACAGGGGGUGCAGUUGGCGAGGGCGAUGGGGAUGAGGGCGGUGGUGGUGGAUGGGGGCGCGGCGAAGAGGGAGCUGGCGGGGAAGAUGGGGGCGGAGGGGUUUGUGGAUUUCAGGGAGGUGGAGAGCGUGGCGGAGGAGGUGAAGAGGGUGUGUGGCGGGGUGGGGGCGCAUGGGGUGAUUGUUACGGCGCCGCAGGCGUAUAAGGAUGCGGUUGGUUAUAUUGGGGAUAGGAUUGGCGGGAAGGUGGUUUGUGUGGGUUUGCCCCCCGCUGGAGCGACGACUAUUGGGGCCGACCCGAAUCUUGUCGUUUUCAAGAACUUGACCAUCACCGGCAGCUUGGUGGGCACCAUGUCGGACACGGCGGCGGCGCUGGAGUAUGCGAAGCGCGGGUUGCUGAAGCCGAUUUCCGAGGUGCGGCCGUUGAGCGCGAUGCCUGAGUCGGUGCAGCAGCUGCGGAGGGGAGAGAUUGCUGGCCGUGUGGUCAUUGACUUUAAUCAGCCAUGA